GACAGAGGGCAUCACCGUUAUCAACUUCCUGAAAGCACCGGGAUUUGGAAACCACACGUUUGCCACAGUCAAAAGAUGUUUUCACUUCUUUUGCAUGGAAUGGCAUCCUUUAAAAGAUCACUAGGCCACAAUUCUAAGUCCUUGACAAUAAUUCUUACACUGUUUGCAUUAAUUUCACAAUCUAUUGGGAUUGGUGAGGUCAUAUGGGCUGUGAAUGCAGGAGGUGAAGCCCACACCGAUGUUCACGGUAUUGUUUAUGAAGCUGAUCCACUGGAGCAAGACAAAGUUGGCAUAUCCUCAGACUAUGGCAAAACAUUGAUGAUAGGCCGUGUAAACCCUCAAGAUCAAAUUUUAUAUCAAACAGAGCGAUAUCACAUGUCAAAUUUUGGAUAUGAAAUUCCAAUAAAAGGAAGUGGUGAUUUUACCUUGGUUUUGAAAUUUUGUGAAGUCUGGUUCACAUCACCCAAUAAAAAGGUUUUUGAUGUAGCAUUGAAUGGUGAACACACAGUUGUACAUGAGCUGGACAUAUUUUCUAAAGUUGGACGAGGGGUUGCACAUGAUGAAAUCAUUCCAUUUUCAGUUAGAAGUGGGAAGCUGAAAGUUAACGGUGAAACAUCAACAAUCAUUGAUCAGAAAAUAAGCUUAGACUUUAUUAAGGGUGAUGCUGACAAUCCAAAAGUAAAUGCAGUAUUUGUAAUGAAAGGAACUAUUGAUGAUAUUCCAAAGUUACCUCCCUUACCUGGAACUGAAACACAAAGAGACUUCGAUGAUGAAGAAGAAGAAGUGGAAGAAGUUGACCAACAGAAACCAAAGAAAAGAAAACCCUCAGGGCCCAAAGUUAAAGAUCCUUAUGCAGCGGAUGAUACCAGUAGUAUCUUAUUACCUGUUUUUGUGGCAGUUGGAGCAUUCUUUCCUUUAUUGUUUUGUUUAUGUAAAUUGUGAUGAUUUCCAAAUUAGGUUUUUUAUCUAUUUUGUUUCAAUCAUUGUUUUCUAUCUUUUGCAAUCCAUUUAAGUUAUUUAUUCUAGUAAAUUUAUUAAAUUCUGUUAUUAAUUAAAAAAAACCAAAGGCAUCCAUGGAUUUUUUUUCUGCAUAAUUUUUAAGAUCAGAAAUUAUUGCAUGCAUUUAUUACUUUGUUUUUAAAAGAAAAGACAAACAUGCAAGAUUAAUUAUUGGGAUGUCAGGAAAAUCUACUGCAUUUUUUUUACACUUAUGAUUCAAUUUAUUCACCAAAUUGAAAAUUUUUGCUUUAAUAAUUGAUACAAUUUUUAAAUAGAAAUAUUGCUUUAUUUGUGUUUUUUUAUCUUGUUUUGAUGAUUGAAAUUUUCUGAUAUGACGCAUCUUCAAUUUAUUGUGCAAUGUUAAUGUUUAUUGUUGUUUUUUUUUUAGUUUGUCCAUAGUUUACCUAUUAGCGUAAUAAGAUGGUUUUGUCUAGUUAUCUUAAUAAGAAUAGUUUUAGAUAAACUUAUGUGGGACCAAGAAAAGGCAAUUCAAAAUCUUAACUAGGCUUUGAUGUCAUGGAAGUGAAUAGCAGAUGCUCUUAUUUUCAAAGUGCCUUUCCUGGUACCUUAUAUGUUUUGAUGGAACCAUCCUCGUUUUGUUUUGUUAAUUGUAGAUGAUGUGCAGUUUGAUAUUUAUUCUAGAUUUACUAUAAGAUUUUUCUAAAGUUCUAUUUACUUCAUAUAUUGAAAAAAGUACUAACAAUUUGUAUAUCAUUGACACGAAAAAUGUCUUUGGUAGAAUAAAUAUAAGACUAUCAAGAAUCGAACAAUGGGAUAAAAACAAUCAUUUAUAAGGUCAUAGUUUGUUGUUUUUGAUGUAAAAAAAAAGUUUUCUGAUUUGCUGUUUCAGAAUCCAAUGAAUUAUGGGGUACAUAUUCAAAAGAGAACAAACACCUAAAGCGUUCUGAUUUUUUACAAACAUUCUAAUCUAAUGAGGUGGCAAUAUUUUUAUUUUGGGGGUAUGACCAAUAACAUUACUCACUGUCAUUUAGAAUCUGAAACUGUCAAUUCAGGUAUAAUCUAAUCCCACUUGUACAAGAAAUAAUGCCAAAACAAAGUAUCCUAUCUAACAUUUAAUAAUGUUUUAUAUUCUGUUUUUCAAUCAAUUUUAUUUUAUUUGUUUACGUUUUAUUUAGUCAUAUUGAUUUACCUGAGGUCUAUUAUGUUAAUUUUGAAUUCAGUAAUGUACCAAAUUCAAAAUCCCCCACUAAAUGCUUUUAGCAUUCAAAUCGAAUAUAUAACGACAUCAACUUCUUUAUACAUAGCAAUAACAUUAUAACAUGUAAUAUCAUUAUUUUUUUUUAAAACUAAAUUACAAUGGGUAAUUUUAUUUUUCAAACCAAAAAUGUAAAUAAAGUAACAUCAUUGGUUGAAUUUCUAUUGUUUAUGAUGUUGUUAUCCAAUCACAAUGGUAGGAUGUUAUUUUUGAAAUAAUUACCCACAGUUUUUAAAAUCUGUAAUGGCUACUUGCAAGUAGAUUUUAAAGGCACAAAGAAAGUUUUAAUAUUUGUUACUGUAUGUUUGAAACUUAAUUUUGUUAAUUUUCACCAAUGUACAAAAAAACACAGUUGUGUUUAAAAACACACCAAAAGCUGCUUAUAUUAAUAAUUCAUUGAAUAAAAAAAAAUAUAUCAUGAUCUAAUAAAAGUAUGAAAGUAAAUCGCAUAAAAAUUGAUAAUGCGGUACAAUCAUGUACAGUUCUUAGAUAUGUGUUGCUAUCAUGAUCUGUAUUUCCAAUAAGAUUUGUUUACUUUUAGUUUUCUCUUUUAUAAGCUUAUAUAAUGUUAUAGAUAUUACAUAAUGUUGAAAAAUGAAUAUGCAAAUUAAAUAAUUGGUUAAAAAUUUAACCUAUUCUUUGUACUGUUUGUAGGAAGUGCACAUGAAUUCUGUAAUGUUGUCAUCAAUGGACUGGCAUAGUAUAUGUAUAGUAGACAACUUGUAUUAUAUGUAAUAACAGUAUUGUCCCUUACACUGUGUUAGUGAAGUAAUUUCAUAGCAUAAUUACACAAUACACUUAUUCAUUGAUACAGAAGUAGUGGUAUAUAUGAAUUCUAUUGUGUAUGAAGUUAUUGGAAGUUAAUGUAGUGUGUUUGUUUGUUAAGAGUUUGUCAUCUGUAUACAUCAUAUGCACACAAAUAAUAAAAAAAAUACACAUAUAUUUACUUAUAUUGUUAUUAGAUAUUUAAUUUGUUUCAGUAUUGAAAUUGUAGUGAUUUUUUUCUUAGCUGUAAAAAGCACUGAAAAUCAUCUAUUGCGUUUUAAAAAAUUCAACUAGGGAUAUUUUCCAUGUUAUUUAUUCAGAAAUGUCAUACCAAAUUGAUUGCAUCCAUUAUUUUAAUAAUCCUCAUAAUUCCAAAGCAAGUUUUUUAUUUAAUAAAAUUUCCAAGCAUGCACCAAUUGUUGUAAAGGGCAAUCAAAUCACAUUUCCUGUUUGUUUAUUUCUUAGUAUCCAUUUUACAUUUAAGCCUGUCAUAUUAUCUUAUAACACUGUGCAAUGCAUUGAAGAGUUUUUAAUGGGUGUUUGAUAUCACUUUCAGUGUAAAUAAAUGUGGCAUGUGUGACCUAACUUUCAGUAUAAAUAUAUGUAUGUGUAUAGGUUUAAAAAGAAAAGAUCAUGAAACUUGCAAUGAAUAAAAUGAUAUUUUAUCUAUUGGUAUAUACUUUUACGAGUCCCAAAAAUAGAUUAUUUGUACAUUGAUGCAUUAUAACCGAAUUAAUGCAACAACUUCUUUUAACUUUGGAUAAUUGACUCAUUGGCAAUCAUGCCACAUCUACUAAUUUUUAUAUAGUUGGAAAUAAUUAAGGAUUAGAUAUUCACUAAUAUGCAAGAGAAAAAAAACUCAUUAUGAAAAUUAAAGGGCACUACACUUUUUAAUCAUGUAAUUUAUAAGGCAAUGUGAAUUAUAAAAAAACAAAACAUUUUGUUUACCUUAAUUUGGGUACCUUUUUCAAAAUUUGCAUGGCAUUAUAAUUAACAAGUAAUCAUAAAGCAAUCACAUUUUAUAAAGAAGUGAUGAAUGGUAUAUUCUAUGAUCACCAAUUAUGAGUGUUGUCCAAUUGUGUGUGGUUGUAAAUAGAUAUUUGAGGUGAAUGUUUAUAGUUUUGUAAGUUUGAUAAUUGUUAAAGAUAUGAUGUAAAGGAUUGAACGAUUUUGAUGUAUAUUUUGUAAAAGCACAGUCUGGAAAUGUAAUUUAAAAAGCAAACCAUUGUUAUUUCAUUUAAAAUAAAUAUGGCAUCAAUGGCGCUUAGUAUCUCACCAUAAAUUUGUAAUAUAAUCUAUACACAAUGGUGAGAUUGUCAAAUAUAUGUCAGUAUGAGAGAUGGAAGUUCUUUAAUAAGUAUCAUUAUAUAAACCCAAUGGUUUUACUUUUACAAUUGUGACUUGGAUAAGAGAGUUAUCUCAUUGACACUCACACCAUAUCUUCUUAUAAUCUAUCCAAAGCAACAAUCUUAACCAUUAAAAUAGAUCAUUUUUUUAGUUUUUUUUAUAUUAAUUAUAAGAUUGACUGACUAUUUUGUUUUUUGUUAUAUAUACACAAUACUGAGAAUCCCAAAUUGUUUUCAUAUUUCCCUUUAUGAUGAGAUAUUUUUGUAUUCUUUUUGAUGUAAAAGAAUAAUAUUAUUGAAAGCUUUGCCCAAUAAUUUGAGCUGUCGUCUUCAAUAUUAAGAAAUUUAACAGAUGAUGCCAGUUCUGUAGACUAAAAUGAAUUAUGUAUCUUUGAAUUUAAUUUAAUCUUAAGCAUAAUAUAGACAUAGAUUUAGCUUUAACAAAACUUUUUGGAAUGUUGUAUAUUAUUGACUGAAAUGUAAUGUUAGAUUUUUUUAACUUUGUAAUGUUAACUUAACUAGCUUUAUUUAAAGACAUGACUGCGAUUAUGAUUGAACUAUCUUACUUUGUUAAUUAAGUACUAAGAUUUGAUAAUUUAGAUCAAAAAUUUUGUAAUUUGGUAAUUAAAUACUCCAAAGGUCUUUUGUGAAAAUAUUCUUUUAUGUAUUUUAACUAGAACUUUGAUAUUCUACAUUUUGCUGCACUUGUGAACUGGCCAUAACUUUCAGUAUUCAUAUUUUUAGUUACAAAGGAGCCAGGACAGUCGUCAAAAUAAUAAUUCAACAUCCCUUGUAUAUGCAUAUAUUGAAAAUUACUUUUAAAAAUAAUAAUUAUCCAACUUCUCUAUCAUUCCACUACACGAAUGUAUGUGUGAUUCUCAUUUCAUUGUGUAACACACUUUUAUGUAUAUGUCAGUGUGUAAUACACAUGUUUGUCAUUUUUUACAGAAUUAUGUGUGAAUCUAAUUUUCCUAAUAUAUUUUAUGUAUAAAUGUUGGAUGAAUGUGUUUGUGAAAAUAUUAUGAAAUGAGGGAAUAAAAGUCAUUUAAAAAGUUU